GCGGCGGUGGCAGCGGCGGCGGCGGCGGUAGCUGCAGAGGUAGCGGCGAAGGCGGAGAGGGCGUAGGGGCUGCGGGCGCUGGGAGCCGGGGAGCCGAGGAGCCGAAGUGCGGGCUGGGGGAAGCAGCCGCGUUGCGGUUGCCUUGAGCCCCCACCCCCCACACUCCCCGCGGCCACCCUUCUGCUACCCCCUCCCCCCACACCUUCUUGACGUCUGAGCUGCGCAGCUCGGGCCUGCCUGGGGAGCCAAGCCAAGCCGCCGCCGCCGCUUCCCCGUCCAGCCUUCUGCUCUCGGGGGACAUGCGGGAGAGAGAAUGAACCAGAGCGACACGUUGGUGCAUCUCUUUGCUGGAGGAUGUGGGGGAACUGUUGGUGCAAUUCUAACAUGUCCACUAGAAGUUGUGAAAACAAGGCUACAGUCCUCUUCUGUGACACUUUACAUCUCUGAAGUACAGCUGAACACCAUGACUGGUGCUAGUGUCAACCGGGUAGCUAGAGUCUCUCCUGGACCUCUCCAUUGUCUAAAGAUGAUCUUGGAAAAAGAAGGUUCUCGGUCUUUGUUCAGAGGAUUAGGCCCUAAUUUAGUAGGAGUGGCCCCUUCCAGAGCAAUAUACUUUGCAGCUUAUUCCAAUUGCAAGGAAAAAAUGAACAAUGUAUUUGAUCCUGAUUCUACCCAGGUUCACAUGAUCUCAGCUGCAAUGGCAGGUUUUACUGCAAUUACGAUGACCAACCCCAUUUGGCUCAUAAAAACUCGGUUACAGCUUGAUGCAAGAAACCGUGGAGAAAAGCGAAUGAGUGCUUUUGAAUGUGUCCGUAAAGUGUAUCGGACAGAUGGACUUAAAGGAUUUUAUAGAGGCAUGUCUGCUUCAUAUGCUGGCAUAUCUGAGACUGUUAUUCAUUUUGUUAUUUAUGAAAGUAUUAAGCAAAAGCUACUGGAACAUAAGACUGCUUCUAAUAUGGAAGAUGAGGAAGAUUCUGCAAAAGAACCUUCAGAUUUUGUGGGCAUGAUGAUGGCUGCUGCCACCUCUAAAACUUGUGCCACAUCAAUAGCGUAUCCACAUGAAGUUGUAAGAACAAGGCUACGUGAAGAGGGAACAAAAUAUAGAUCUUUCUUCCAGACACUCUCUUUGGUUGUUCGAGAAGAAGGAUAUGGGUCUCUCUACCGUGGUCUAACAACACAUCUGGUCAGACAGAUUCCAAACACAGCUAUAAUGAUGGCCACCUAUGAACUGGUAGUCUACUUACUCAAUGGAUAGCAGUAUUUUGCCUCAGUCCUAAGAAGGGGGAAGACCAAAAGAUUGCAGUGGACCAUAGAAUGUCAAAGCCAGCUUGGUGGACAGAAGAAAAAUCAUUCGGGAACAUAUAGCUAUGCCCUAAAAGGAUGAUUGGUGUAGGAAUCAAUACAGUCCUGCUACCUUAUUUGGCCUUUUGGGGCAAUAUAACAAAACCUGGGCCAGCUCUUAAGGGAAUGCCUUUAAAUAGUCCAUUUUUCAAAAUUGCCAUUUUCUCUAAUGUGCGCCCAAAACAGUUCAAUUCUGAUCCCUGGUAAGGUGGGAGUGUCUAAUGUUUUUACUCCAUGAGUACUUUUCCAAGCAAUGCCUCCAGUAAACAUUAAUUGUAUUAUAUUCUUAUCAAAGAUAGGGUUGGAUAAAACGUGGAUUUCUACUUGUAUGUGUUCAACUCUAUAUUAAGUUUUGAGUUAAAUUUUUAAAAUUAAGCUUCUGAGUACCAUUUCCAUGUCAUCUUUAAUAAGGUCAUCGUAUCUUCUGGCCUAAAGUGAACUAUUUCUCACAAUAGUCCUAUUUAUGGUAACUGGUAAAAUGUCCGAAAAGGAUAUAUUGAAUUCUUUAAUAUUUAGUUUUUUAUUUCCAUUUGUACCAGCUCUUGAUUUUGAGCAAAAUGAGCCUUUUAAGUACCUCUUUAGUAAAUACACUUCAGGUUGGAGGUAUGCUUUCUUGCAGCAGAUUAUGGAUCCACCUAGGUUGAUUUUUUUUUUUUAAUGAAACAGAAAAAUUGAUUGUUGACUAUUUUAGUGACUACAUUAUGUCCUGAAAUCUUCCCUACAUUGUAAUAUAUGAAGACAGGAAGUAAGAUUCUUUCAAAAAUAAUUUGCUGUCUUUUUAAUUCAAGGGGGAAAUAUUUUGCCACUUCUGAAUUUUGUUUAUUGUUUUUAUAGCUAUAUCCCUACAUGUUAAGAACUUUGGUUUUUAGCACAAUGCAGUCUUCAUGCUGUUAAUGGAGAAAAUGGUAAUUAAGAAUGUUUUAAAGCAUUUCCCUUACAUAUUAUAUCCCUUCUUUAAAGAGCAACAUUGUAUUAAACUGUGGCAACACAAACAUUAAAAAGGGGCCCCUAACAUCUGACUUGCCGGUAGUAAUUUUAUUGACGUAGUUUUGUAAAUGAUAUUUACAAAUUGCAUUUGAAAAGAGAAGUUCAUUCUGUGAUAAUUUACUAAGUGACAAAUCAUAAGACAUUAAGGUAAAAUGUGCUAACAGUAUGUAGCUUUUAACAUUACUAUUAGACUUCUCAAUUGCACCUUUUAAUACUUAAAUACGGUUCAUAUCUAUGUGGCCCUUAACAAAGAUGUUUACUAUAAUUGUCAGUAGACUUCUCCAUAUGGAUGUUCCUACACUGGUUUACAGAAGAGUGCAAUUAAUUUCCAGUGUGACAUUUCAGUAUACAUAGAACUAAGUUUUGUGCAAUGGCUAUUAUCUUAAGAACGACUCCUUAUGCACUUUGUGGCCUUUUUUGUGGGCUGGAAGGGGGGGAAGCUUGUGAUUUUUUUUUCCAUGUUAAGAUUUUAAAAUAUUGGUAAUGAGUAUUAGUCAGUGUUCAAAACAUAAUAUAAAUUGUUCACAAAGUAUUUUUUUUCUGAUUCCCAUAUACUACAGGAGAAACUAUGUCCCAUCUAAUUACUCAUGGAUUGUGUUAUAUCUUGUUUUGGAGUUGUAUGUGUUAUAUAUAUAGUUUUUCUUGUGUACUCUCUUCAUUGGUAAUGCCCUCCCCACCAAGCAGUUUCAGUGAGCCAUUGCAAGGUUCAACAUAGAAAUAUUUUAUAGCAGUUUUCCUCUGCUGUCAGCAAUGAAGCACAGUGAUCUUCUAGUUUUCCUUUAAGAACUGGAUGUUUUUGAGGUGCUUUGAUUGGAAAUAGAGUAUUCCAGCCAAUUUGGAAACCAAAAGUGAAUUAAAUGUAAUAACAAUUGAUACACUUUCAACUAAUUUUUACUUUGAUGUAUUUAUUGAAAAACACUGAAAAAGAGGGUUUUCUAACUCCGAUUCAUAGACGAGUCUACAUCAUGAAUGUAUUCUAGCCUUUCUGGUGCCACAUAUGCUACCUAAUUACAGUGCCAUAUAUCCUAUGAGUGACUCACAAACAUUAGUUGAAUUGAAUGUGGAACAGAGGCUCCUCCCAUCCUAAUGGGAUUCAACAAAUACCUAAUUGAUAGUGACAACAAAACUAAUAGCUAAGCAAAACUUUACUUAGUUACUUCGAAUUAAGAGAAGAGUGCCGUUUAAUGGUUAAAAACAGGUAUUCUAAUCCUGUAUAAAUUAAUUUGCCUUUAAAUGCAUGCAUACAUACCACAUUUAAACAUUAGUAUUGUGUAUGUAAUAAAAAAAGAAGAUAGUGUAACCUUUUGCUGUGUUGUACUACUAAGAGAAGAGCAACAAUGAAUUCUAAUUCUAAUUGACAGUUGUUAUUGUCAGAUUCUCCAAAGCAAAAUCUCCAGGUCGGUUUAUGUGUGGAGGUCUGUUAGGUUAAAUUAUGUAUGAAAUAUGUAUAAAAACAUUCUGUUUACCAAAGGCUUGUUAAAAGAUUCCACCUCUUUUGGUUUUUAUUGAUUUUAAAUGCGGAAACAAUUUGUUGUGCUAUCAGAGUGUUUAAAUUAACCCUUCCCUCCCCUCCCCCCCCAUUUUACCAUGUCUUAUAUUCUUUCACAUGUUUGCCAUUAGAUCAUAAUAUAUAAUUUCUGGGAUACAAACAGCCAAUUAGCAUUCUUCAGAAUAUACCUAUUUAUAUGUAAUCCUCAUGGAAAUUUAUUAUAUAUGUGAUUACAGGUGAAACAUAAGUCCUGAAGUAACAUUCUGUAAUACUCUAAUAGAACAGUAGGUGGGACUCUAGUACAUGCUGGGUCAUAGAAACAGAUGCCUGAAUGUUAUUGUCCAAAUUUGAGCUUUAUUAGUUAUGAUCAUGGUAUAUAAAUCCAUGAAAAAACUGUACCACCAAAGCCUUUUAUUACUUCUCAUUAUGGAUAAGACUUUGUAGAACAAACAUAACAAAGAGUAGCACCUCAAAAAAAUUAUAACUUGAAACCACAAUAGAAAGAAUAUCAGUGGGUUAUGUAAUGGCAUUGUCUCCUUAUAAAUCCUAAUACAAGGUAUGAAAUAGCAUUGCUAUAUUAGGACCAGCAGAGUUUGGGUGUUACAAAGAAAAAUGGUAUAUAAUCUACCUUUAAUUGAAGUAUAAGUAUUUCUUAAAGUUUUUAGGAUGGCCUUAAAACUACUUUAAAAAAACCCAAUUCGUGUAUUUUAUGAUUGAUUAUUAACUUUUUAAGUUAAUCCAGCCAAGGUACCUCUUCAUCUUUUGGCAUUGUUGGUUGUUUGCUUGACCCUCUCAUAUUCUGUUAGGGACUCCUUUUGUGAUAGCACACUUCAUCCCUUUCCCAUUCCGGUGUUGAUCAUGAAUUUUAACAUUCCUGAGACAUUACUUCCAAAGAAUUUAAAUUGGAAAAAGACAUUUUGUAUAAAACUCUUUAAAAUGAAAUGCCUUUGAGUAAAAUGUACUCUUUCUUUCUGCCCACCCAUCCCUUCUUGUCUAUCCUUCAUGUUACUUACCUCUGUGCUCGUUUUUAUACUAAUCCUUCUAGGAACUGAAAAUUCUAAACUUAUGAGUUUGUGUAGUGUUUUUUGGUUUGUAGUUUUUUUGUUUUUACCCCACAUAUGUGAAUUUUAAAAUUAUGACCCCUCAGUCAUACCUAAAUAGUUUACUCCCUGAAAGUUGAAAUACUUUGACAUUCUUGUGAGGUUUUCUAUUCUUGCAUCUAUGUGAGUGGCUGUAAAUUGUGUGCAUAUGCCCUAUAUUUAUGUUAUCUAGCUGACUUUUGUUGAACUGUUAAAAUUAAAAUUAAAAUGCUUAUGCAAAUAUGGUAA